GCAAAAAGAUUCUAAAUUUUCCACUGAACGGUAUAAUCUACAAAAGCUAAACGCAGUAAAAUUAAAAAACUUAACCGUCGGGAACGUGAAAGUGUUGAUAUUUAAUGCAGAGGAGGUAGCCGCUACGCUUGUUAAAUACGAAACAUUUCCAUGCAGCUGGGGACAAGCAACUUUCAAUUCUACAACAUUGAAUCGCACAUCGAAAUAUUCUUCAAAAAAAAAAGAUUCUGAGCGAGGAUCGUAAAAUGCGGAGAUCUAGCGCAUACCAAAGUAUACUCAGAUAUACAAGUUCCUUUAUUUUUCUAGUAUUAACAACAGGUGAGUUUGAUAUCCGCAGACAAUUUUUCAAUACCGCUCUUCUAACGGCAUCUAUCUCAGCACAAACCACGGCAGUGGAACAAAUUGCGCUUAACUCGAAUAACUCAUGGCUAACUGUCUCCACCCACGAUCUCACAGUACUAGUUCAAGAAAAUAUAACUUUUGAAGUGAUAUUAAGUGGUCCACUAGAUAAGGACAUCUCAAUCAGAUUUGUAAGACAACAUGAGGCACUUGUUGAAUUGUAUCCACAUGAAUUCACAAUCAGUUCGUCCAAUCCACAAAACCAGACAGUAAACAUACUCGGUGUUAGACCUGGACAUUUGGAGAUCACGGCUGGAAGUGUACCGAACGAUUCGUGGAUUGUCAACGACUUAUUCGUACGCGUUAUAGUAGCCAAUUCUGAGAUUAUCAAUUACAUAUCGCUCGCGUUUGGCUGGUUUUAUUUUUUAGCCUGGUCCAUCUCAUUUUAUCCACAAAUUUAUAUUAAUUUUAAGCGCAAGUCCGUGGUUGGACUCAACUUGGACUUUCUUGCCUUCAAUGUAGUUGGUUUUGCGUUAUAUGCCGUUUUCAAUUUUGGCCUUUACUGGAUACCCGAAGUACAAGCGGAAUACAACAGCCGUCACCCGCGUAGUGUAAAUCCGGUUUUGUUAAACGAUGUAGUUUUUGCACCGAAUGCAUUAUUAGCAACAAUUUUGACAGUCAUGCAAUGUUUCAUUUAUGAGCGCGGCAAUCAAAGAGUCUCAACACUUGCUUCCGGUAUUUUGGGUUUGUUCUUCAUAUUUGUAUUAGUAACCAUGAUUCUCUCUGUACUUAAUAUCCUUCAUUGGCUGGAUUUUCUCUACUACUGUAGCUAUAUUAAAUUAAUAAUAACAAUGGUUAAAUAUAUACCACAGGCACUGAUAAACUAUCGACGCAAAAGUACUGCCGGUUGGAGUAUUGGAACUGUACUAAUGGACUUUGCUGGCGGCGCUUUUAGCAUGCUGCAGAUGAUCUUAAAUGCCUACAAUUAUGAUGAUUGGAUUUCAAUUUUUGGUGAUCCGACUAAAUUCGGUUUGGGCCUACUGUCCGUUAUUUUCGAUAUGUUAUUUAUUCUGCAGCAUUAUGUAUUUUACAGAACGGAGAGUAAUCCACCAGAAAAAUCGUCCAACGGGCUUUAUAAUGGAGCAACGGGGGAGUACUCCUCUUUGGUCAAACAUCCUAAAUGUAAUUGCGAAUCUUUAAGUUUAAAAUAGGCGCAUGGCAUAAAAACCAUUUGAAAUUGGCUAAGAGGCACAUUAUUAUGUAUUAUGUACAUACAUAUGUAUAUUUAUGUAAGUUAUAUACUCCUAAAGUUAAUUAUAAUAAAGUAUUGUAAGAUCCGUUUUCUAUAUCUGCACUUCACAAAAUAUUUACUUUUAAGUUAAAUUAGACUUCAGUCUUUCUUUUCGGCUAUAAAAUUUGCACAAACGGAAGCUUAUGAUCCGCAUAUUAACGUAUGUACACUUAUUAGAAUAUACGAAGUAUUUGUAAAUUAAUAUGGUGUUCGCAUGAGGCGAUUUUCCAGGCAAUUUCAGAGGCGAUUAGUUGAAUCAAAAGUUGGCUGCACCCCAACUUUCAUUGGCAGCGAUUAAUUGAAAGUCCGUUCACAUCAGGCGAUUUUUGCUUUCAACUAAAAGAUGCCUGUAAAAUCGCCGCAUGCGAACACCGCAUAAUGCAAUUCUAUAUGGGCAAAUCUAAAAAAUAGGUACCCUUUCCAAAAAAAUAUUUAAUUUUUACA